CCUGCAGGACUAGAUCAGCAAUCCCAGCUCAGAGUCAAGGAUUCACUGCAAAGAUGAGGACCUGCUUGAACGCCCUGCUGCUGGCCGGACUGGCCUGCCUGCUCACUGCAGCUCUGGCCAAGAAGUCAUUCAACUUCAUGGAUGCCCUCUCUGUUUCUACAGUCCAUUACAACAGGGGAAGUGAGGAGAAAAAUGCAUUCAAACCACCUGAAAAGAAUCCUCUGCGAGGAAUGGACAUCAUGAUCCCUGGCAAUGGCUCCCCUACUGUAAUGAAGAUAAAGUUCACAUUGAAGGAGACAGUUUGCCCAAAAACAGAGGACUACAAGAAGGCUGAGUGUGUUUAUAAGGAGAAUGGACUGAUGAAAAAGUGUUCGUCAACUGUUAUUUUUGUGAACAACCACCUAUCUGAAGCAAACAGUGAAGUGACCUGUGAACAUGUUGGUCCAGAGGAGCGAAAGGAACUGGAAAAGCCAAAAAACCCAUGGUGGCCUUUCAGACGCUAAUGAAACGCAGCUGCAUUCCCAAAUCAACUCCACUACUAUACUGCAGAUUCACGUUUCUGAAAAACUUAUGAACAUUCUUAAUAAUAUAUUUGUUAGUUGUA